AUGCAGACUGCUUUUACAAACAUUUGUGAAAGAAUGGGUUGCUUUCAGGAGCUCACUGCAUUCAAGCGUGGUACCGUGAUAGGUUGCCACCUGUGCAAUAAGUCCAUCCGUGACAUUUCCUUGCUACUAAAUAUUCCACAGUCAACUGUUAGUGGUAUUAUAACAAAGUGGAAGCCACUAGGAACAACAGCAACUCAGUCACGAAGUGAACGGGGUCAGCGCAUGCUGAAGCGCACAGUGUGCAGAAGUUGCCAACUGUAUGCAGAGUCAAUAGCUAAAGACCUCCAAACUUUGUGUGACUUUUAGAUUAGCACAACAACAGUGCGUAGAGAGCUUCAUGGAAUGUAUUUCCAUGGC